AUGUCCAUUAACGAACAGGCCCUCGGAAAGAUCGUUCACGAUCUUCAGAACAAGCUGCAGGAGGCCACCCGUAUGGUCGCCUCCGUCCAGGCCCAGAUCCAAUCCCGCGAGCGUGAAAAGCGUCUCUCAGAACUCACCAACAAGGAACUUUCUGCCCUCCAACCCGAUACUGUCACCUACAAGUCUGUCGGCAAGAUGUUCGUGCAGGAACCAUUGCCAGAGUUGACAAAGGAGCUGACCGAGCGGGCAACAGAGAUGGACAAGGAUAUGGCGGCAUUGGAAAAGAAGCGGAUCUACUGGGAGCGCAACAAGACCGAGGCCCAAGGGAACCUUGGCGAGCUCGUCCGACAAAUCCAGCAAGCACAAGCACCAUGA